AUGAGCGCGCCCCAGCAGACAAGACGGAGCACAUCACGAACAGCUUCCGACACCGGGGACGCCGUCGCGCAACCAGCCACCACCCCCUCCCCCCAAUCCGCGCCAACCAAAACACAGGCGCCGCCUGACCAAGAAUCCGAAGCAAUCGCCGCCACGAUGCUGUCUACAAUGACAGCCUCCACUACUGUGAUCACCGAGCCACCUCUGACCGAUCACGCUCCUAAUGGCUUCGACGAUGUUGCAGACAACGGUUCUAGUAGCUUGAGCGAGCUGGGAGACGCCUCAGACGACCAAUCUGAGCCAACUCCGAGGCCAACCACAAGGCUUGACGAAGAUGACUCCGAGGCCGAAACCGAGCGACUAGAGAACACGCCUCGCAAGAUCGCGCGGGCAGACACCGAAACGUCUUUGUUGUCGGAGCCAGCAUACACAAGAACGCCCAGCAAGCUAGCGCACUCGAAAACGAUCGAGCAGGAUGAUUCUGCACCAGCUACCCCAUCUGGCAUAGCAGAAGACGUCACCAUGGGAGACGCGGACGCAGCGGAAAACCCUUUACAUUCGCUCUCACUCAUCGCGGCUUCGGAGGCCGCCAAUCUAGAAUACUUGGGAAAGGAAAGAAAGCGAGCCAGCCCCGAUCGAAGCAUUCAGGACGAACAAGAAGAGGAGCCAUUGCGCAAGCGAAGUAAAACUGCAAAGAGCUCAGCGCUUGAUGGUCUAGCCGAUGCAGCAGCUAACCGGCAAGGGCAGAUGGACGCUGAAGAAGAGCUGAAUCAUGCAGAAGAGCAUCUUUCUGCACUUGCGCGCGAAGAACACGAACUCGAGGAGCGGCAGGCCAACAUUGCAGCCCAAACUGUCAAUGAGAUGGCGACCGUUGCAAAACACACAAAACCGAGAAAAGGCGGUAGAAGAGGGAAGCGAAAGACAGAAGACGCUAGCUAUGCUUAUGCAGAGCCUUUCGCGGCCACUGAGGCACACGAGCCUGAAGCCGAGGGUGAGCAUGACGAAGAAGACAGUGCUCUGAUGGACGAGGAGGUCACAAAGAAGAAGAUGGCUAUUGACGAACUCAACAAGAUUGAGAAAAAGUUUAAGCUCUUCCGGGAGAAGUUGUGUGACGAGCAAAUAGCACAGCUCGAACGCGAGCUUGAGAUGCUCAAACAGCCCAAUUGCGUACAUCCUGAGUACGUUGCCAUGAUCAAGUGCAUAGACGAUCGGCGCGCCGACAAGAUCGCAUACGAGACGACGUUGCUGGAAUACAAGCAGAAGAACCUCGACAUUAUAACAACGGCAGAACGGCAUCAGCUGCACAGCCAGUUCUUCCAAACGGUGCGACACGUUCGGGAAGAGAUCCUCGAAGAUUGCAACCAGCGAGUCUUCGAAUUACAGCGCGGACGACGACAGCUUGGCUGUGACGAGACGAACUACAUGGUCAAAUUACCAGGGAAGCGGUCAGAUCAGAUCAGACACCAAGCAGCAUACAACCUUGAGGUUUCUGUCUUAUCAGGUGUGGCCAAGUACGUUGGCUUCCCCGCCGCACCAGAUAUCAGUGCCGCGAGGCCGUCGGAAAUCGAUGACGAUCUUCGAGCAAUGAAGAUUGCCACGCGUGUCCCGGUGCCGCCUCCUUCCUUCCGUACCUACAAUAGGACCACCACGGCGGACGAGGUAGCUGCCGAAGAGCAAUUCAUAGAGAGCACCCCAUGGGCCAACCCACGGCAUCCUUCACAUCAAGAGGGUCGAUAUCCCCCAGGGCCUUCACGUUUGCCUAGCUAUCAGACUCCAGCCGGUCAGCGUCGUAUGGUCGAUCUUACCGCCCCCAACGGCUCAGCUUCCACAAUUGAAGCAAACUCGAACCCUCCAUCGUCAAAUACUCACAACCACGGCAUGCUAGGUGACGCGGACUCGCCAGUAAUGCAGAUGAAGCGCGCGUCUGAUCACUCGAAUUAUGCAGACGGCCCGGGCUCCGACCCUCGCAACAUGAGCGUCCUGAGCAGAGAAACUUAUGGAAUGAUGUCAAGUCCCGCAGCACAGCACAUGGACAUACCUCACGAACAGGGUGGUCCCCGUUGGGUUGGCAACAACAUGCGACCCCUAAACGCAGGAUCAAACCCCCCUCCACCAAGUGGUCCACCAGGUGCAGGUAGUCGUCCAGACGCGGCACGACCGCCACUGCCCCAACGCAGUGGCCUGGGCACAAUCAGCGUCGGUAGCGGUUUAUUCGGACGGUGA